AUGGUGACCGUUGGUGUCCUUGCUCUCCAAGGAGGUUUCUCGGAACAUCUCAGCUCUCUCCGUAAAGCAGCCGCACACAUCACAACUCUAACAUCGAACUUCAACUUCAUCGAGGUCCGGACGCCAGAGCAGUUAGCCACAUGUGAUGCCUUAAUUAUACCUGGAGGGGAAAGUACCACGCUAUCUCUCGUAGCCGCACAGUCUGGGCUACUGGAACCAUUGCGCGAGUUUGUCAAGGUAAACAAGAAGCCAACUUGGGGCACGUGUGCUGGUCUUAUCUUUUUGUCUGAACAAGCGAGUGCCGCUAAAAGAGGCGGGCAGGAAUUGAUCGGGGGACUCAAUGUCAAAGUCCAUCGCAAUCAUUUUGGCCGACAGAAAGAAAGCUUCGUAACGGAUCUAGACUUGCCCUUCUUAUCUCAGGGAAGCAAUGGAGCUCAGGCUACCCCUUUCCCGGCCGUGUUUAUUCGAGCCCCUGUCGUGGAUCAAGUGUUAACAGGCGACAUUACGUCGGUCGACGACAAGGCGGAGAGCAUAACGCCAGAAGUCGCAACGCAGAAAUCCGAAAGCCAAGCCCAAGCCCAAGCCCCCAAAGGAAAGGUUGAGAUCUUAGCUACUCUUCCCGGACGUCACGCCUCGAAUAAAGCUGCAGCGGCGUCGAUCAAGGGUACUGAUAUUCAAGCAGCAACACCUAAAGGAGCAGGAGAUAUCGUCGCGUUAAGACAGGAGAACGUGUUCGGGACAAGUUUUCACCCGGAGCUAACGGAUGAUAUUCGAAUUCACGUUUGGUGGUACGGAGUAGAUAUUGAUGCUGUUGCCGGCUGGCUUGGCUCUUAUGGAGGCGAGGAUAGUACCAGCGACAUCAGCAGAGGACUCUGGGCUGGCACUGUUGGAACCCGUCGUCUGCUCAAAUUAUUUGAUAAGUAUAAAAUCAAGGCGUCAUGGUUCAUACCAGGUCAUUCGCUCGAGACAUUUCCGGAAGAAUGCGCUAUGGUGAGAGACGCCGGUCACGAGAUCGGUCUUCACGGAUAUUCUCAUGAGAACCCGGUCGACAUGACGCUCGAGCAGCAGCGAGAUGUCCUCGACAAAACAUAUAGACUUCUCACCGAGUUCUGCGGUAAGCCGCCGAGAGGUAGCGUUGCGCCUUGGUGGGAGACUAGCAAAGAAGGGACGGAGUUGAUGCUCUCUUAUGGUAUCGAAUACGAUCAUUCUAUGUCCCACGAAGACUGCCAGAUGUAUUGGUUGCGCACCGGGGACUCAUGGACAAAGAUAUAUAUGAGCAUAGUGCUAAGUCAUACCAGGAUCGACUAUAAGAAAAAAGCCGAAGAGUGGAUGAAGCCCCUCAUCAAGGGGCAACCCACGGGCAUGGUGGAAAUCCCAGGCUCAUGGUAUAUCGAUGAUCUUCCUCCUAUGAUGUUCAUGAAAAACUCGGCCAAUUCGCACGGCUGGGUUAAUCCGAGGGAUGUUGAAGACAUAUGGCGUGACCAUUUUGAUUAUUUUUAUCGCGAGUAUGACGAGUUCAUCUUCCCUAUGACGAUUCACCCCGACGUAUCGGGCCGGCCGCAUGUCCUCUUAAUGCACGAAAGGUUGAUCGAGCAUAUCAACAAGCACGAGGGGGUAGAAUGGAUGACAUUUGCCGAAAUGUGCGACUACUUCAAAAGUAAGAACAAGCCACCUGAGGGAGCUAUGAUGCCCGCUCCUCCUGGGGAGAUCCUUAAGAAGUAG